AUGGCUUCCGAAACCAAGAUUAAGGUCAAGACCCCUGUGGUCGAGUUGGAUGGUGAUGAGAUGACCCGUAUUAUCUGGCAAGACAUCCGUAACAAGUUGAUCCUGCCUUUCCUCGAUAUCGACCUCAAGUACUACGAUUUGGGUAUCGAGUACCGUGAUCAGACCAAUGAUCAGGUCACCAUUGACUCCGCCGAGGCUAUUAAGAAGUACGGUGUCGGUGUCAAGUGCGCCACCAUCACCCCCGAUGAGGCCCGUGUUGAGGAGUUCAAGCUGAAGAAGAUGUGGCUCUCCCCCAACGGCACUAUCCGUAACAUUCUUGGCGGUACCGUGUUCCGUGAGCCCAUUAUCAUUCCCCGCGUUCCCCGCCUGGUCCCUGGCUGGACCAAGCCUAUUAUUAUUGGCCGUCACGCCUUCGGUGACCAGUACCGUGCCCAGGACCGUGUCAUCCCCGGUCCUGGUAAGCUCCAGUUGGUCUACACCCCUACCGGUGGAGAGCCCGAGUACCUCCAGGUCUACGAUUUCGAGGGUGGUGGUGUCGCUCAGUGCCAGUACAACACCGAUGAUUCCAUCGCUGGCUUCGCCCACUCCUCUUUCAAGAUGGCUCUCAGCAAGGGUCUUCCCCUCUACAUGAGCACCAAGAACACUAUCCUCAAGAAGUACGAUGGUCGCUUCAAGGACAUCUUCCAGGAGAUCUACGAAAAGGAGUACAAGAAGGACUUCGAGGCCAAGAAGAUCUGGUACGAGCACCGUCUCAUUGACGACAUGGUCGCCCAGAUGAUCAAGUCCGAGGGUGGCUUCGUCAUGGCUCUUAAGAACUACGACGGUGAUGUCCAGUCCGAUAUCGUCGCCCAAGGAUUCGGCUCUCUCGGUCUGAUGACCUCCACUCUGAGCACCCCCGAUGGUAAGGCCUUCGAGUCCGAGGCCGCCCACGGAACCGUGACCCGUCACUACCGUGAGCACCAGAAGGGUAACGAGACCUCCACCAACCCCAUUGCCUCCAUCUUCGCCUGGACCCGUGGUCUUGUCCAGCGUGGUGAGCUCGACAACACCCCUGAUGUUGUUGCCUUCGCCGAGGAGCUCGAGCGCGCCUGUAUUGAUGUCGUCAACGACGAGGCUAUCAUGACUAAGGAUUUGGCUCUCGCCUGUGGCCGCAAGGACCGCGAGGCUUGGGUCACCACCAGCGAGUACAUGGCUGCCGUUGAGCGGAGGCUGAAGGCCAACCUCAAGGCUCGCCUGUAG